UAGAGAUUCAGAAAAAAUGGUGAUAUAUUACGUUAAUUAAAUACACUCAGUGCUGUGUAGACAGGCAUCAAGGGUAAGUCUCCUCUCAUCGUUUUGUCUGAAUUACUGUCACACAACUCUGUUUGCAUGUUGUGGGUAGAUGAGAAUAGAAGAACAUAAUGGACAGUUUUCAAUAAAGGAAGGCUCCUGGAAGUGAUCAUUAAAUUUCAUUAUACAAGCAGAUAGGAUCACAUUAAACCAUCUGAAGUACCCAAUUUGCAUUAUCUAUAUUUGUUGACUUUUUUCUUUGAAUGUAGAAUCAGAUUAUAAGAAAAAUACCAGUGGCCCCACGUAAUAUUUGAAAUGAUCCUCAUCUUCCUCAUUAGUGCUGAUCGCUAUAUGAAGUGGGUGGAUGAAUUCCAGCUGGCAUCUGCUCCAUUCAGACUGCUGGCUUCAAUCCAGCCCAUUAGAGGAUCAAGAGAGAAAAAUCAGUUCAAUUAUUGAAAGAGGGUCCAAUCCUUUGGUCAUGGUAAUUCAAAUAGUACAAGCAAUGCUGAGCUCCCCAAACUGUCUCCUUCGAUUAGAGACUGCUUCCCUGUGGCAAAAUGUUGGUAUUGCAUUAUCAGAUGGGAUUAGAGUUCUGCCUCUAACUGUAUCUAUUGAAAUACAAAAAAAUAAAAGCCCACACAUAUAACAAUCAAUAUAUAUUAGUAAUUUUCUUUUUAAAAUGAUGACAAAAACAUAUUUAGUCAUAUUCUGGUUGUCAAAUAUAGUGAGACUAUGCUAGGACACCUUGGUAAAAGACUUUAUACAUCCAUAAAAAUGAAAUUAUCUUGGGAAUAUGGUUAACAAUAAUUUUAAAAAUGUGAUAUUAAAGGUAAAGUAUCAUUCUUCAGAAGCCACUUGUUUGAUAUUUAGUUUCGAAUGCAGUGCAGUACUCACUUUAUAUAUACAGUAAAUGCAUCACAUGUUUUAAUUUUAUUAACACAACAUACAUUACUGUAAGGUUGGGUUAAGCACUGGACCAAUAAUGAUAUUGAUUAACGCAUAACCUGUUUCUGUCAAUGUUAUUUGUUGUCAGCAGUGUUUCUUUGACUGGGUGUUCUGUGUAUACAUACAUUCAUGUACAUCCAAAAAUCGAACCUCUGAUGUUUUUAUCUCAUAGCCUAUAUAAAGUCACUGACAGCAUGCUACAUCACAGACAGCCUCUGCUGAGGAGACUAUAAAGGCAACUGAGUGCUGAUGGAUCAUUUCUUCAAAAGCUAUUCUAUCAUUCACAGAUAUCCAGCCCUCCCCUGAGAGAGAUCUGAAAGUGUAGGCAUUUUCCCAUCCUCUCCCUUCAUGAAAAUGCUGAUGAUUUCAUGAAGGAGAAUGACAGAAGCACUCUGAGAGGGUCCAUAAAUAGCAGUGGGUAGUGAGGUUGAUGGGCCUAGCUAGGAGUAGGGAUGGAUUUCUUAAUGACCAAAAUAAAUGGCCACUCAAUCCAUCCACAAACAUAGUUUGUCUUCACCUGAAUCCCCCCCCUGACAGCCUGUCCUCCCUAAACAAAUGUUCACUUCUGAUGUAGUGUGUGCCAUGCUCUAGAUUUAUUGUGUGGUGUGAUGGAGUCUGUCUUGUCAUAGACAUUCCUGUAGGUGGCACCACAUAACACAUAGACUGACACUAAUUCGGCGGAUUUUGGUUCCUAAAACCAAAAAAGUGUGAACAUAGUUAACAUUAACAACUCACAAGUACAACAUACUGUACUAAGCAUGCAACAAAGUACAGUUCUUUGUUCAUUUCAUGUUAAAUAUGACAUAAAAGUAAGUUAAGCGAGUCAAAUUAGUUAAUAAACUGCUCCAGAAAAAAAUCUAACAGAUGAAGAUUGUGAAGACCAGAGUAUAGAGAUAGAAGGACCCAAAAGAAGAUAUUUGCAAAAUGGAAGGAGAGGUAGAAGAGACGAAGCAGGAGAAGCAGCAGAAGUGAAGAAAUAUAUUCCAAUUCGCUCGGGAAUUGGAAUAUAUUGGUAGCUAUAUAUUUUGUGAUAAAGAUUCAACGGUUUUGAAUAACGCAGUGAACAAUGUCAUGAUAUUUGAUUGUGGUGUUCUGAGAAAAAACGUACGUUUGAGAACCUUUAACGAAAAGUCACAUGAUCAUGAAGCCAACUGUGCAUUUAAUCACACUUGGGUAGGGGAAAUGUUUUUUGCCUGGAAAAGUAAUAUGAUCUGUAAAAUUAUUAUUAAAUAAUGCACUACUUCAUAAUUAUGUCAGUAUGAUUAUAGGUAUGAAUAUCAGAAUGCUAUACUCUUUCUGCAGGUUACAUUGUUUCGCCAGUAGGUGGCGACUAACAACUGUUUAUGUGUGAGUCAUUUGAAUCAUUCAUUCAACUGAUUCAUUCAUGAACGAAGUAACUGUAGGGGUGCUUCUCAUUUCUUCUUUGUGUGUCCUUGUUUCCUUGCCUUGCUCCCUUUCCUUCCUGUCCCUUAGAAAGUGAGGAAAAGAUGCAAGGAAAAAAAUGAGGGCGGAUGAAUCGAAGGAAAUAUUAGGCCUAUUUGUAUUAUAUUCUUGAUCACUCGAUCGUCACUUCAAAUCGUCAUCACCUGUGCUGAAGGGAUCUGCUCUUAUGUUGUUGAAGUUUGGUUAUUUAAGAAAUUCAUAAUAAAUAAUAAUAAAGAAAGAUGCCCUGUCGAAAUAUGUGAGAUAUGGUUUAUUUAAUCUUUGGUAAAACAUAAAUUAUAAUUAUUGUGACAGAUGUGAAAGGGGAGGAGAAUUUAUACACAUCAAGUUUUUCAAAAAGAAAGACUUCUGCAUACAUCUGUGUAUCCUUGAAUCCUCCUCACUCCUCGUUCCUAGCCUCCUCGUGGUGCAGUUAGAGAAUUGAGACAUCCUUCAUGCUAACUUUUAUCAGUUUCAGGGUCACAGGAUGGAGGAUGGAGGAUGGAGGAGCAAGGAAACAAGAAUGUUGAGAAGCACUUUUAGGACUAAUGAGUGAAUCAUUGAAUUAUUUCCUCAACCAAGUCUUUCAAAAACAUGAAUUAAUCCAUAAAUAAAACAAGUCUGUGUUUCUGAGUGAAUCGUUGAAUUAUUCACUCAGCAGAUUUGUUCAAAAACUCAUUCAUUCAGGAAGGAAACGCCAUUAUUGUGUGUUGCUUGGAGACACGCAACAGGUUUGCUGUUUGGAACUAUUUCAGUUGAUGGUGCAAAAAGAGACAAAGUACGUAACUGUCUAAAAUGUAAGUCACUGAGUAUUGUUUAUUCAAUCUCUCUCAAUGUUUAUUGAACUGUUGCAUAAUUAUAGUUAAAAAAACAGCUUAUGUACAAGUAGUUAAACAAAACAAAACAUGAAGACUGAGAAUUGUGACAGUGUCAGUAAUUAGUCUUUUUGUUAUGUUAAGUUCGAAACUUUAAAGAAAAUCACAAUAACCGAUUCUCAAUUGUAUAUGAUCCCUUGGCAGCUGUAAAGGUUGCAUUACUCAUGUUUUUCUGUGGAGGUGUCUUAUCACUGCCCAUGAUUUUGGGUGUUACUACUGUGGCAUGGUGAAAUCAGGGUGUGUAUGUCUGAAAAUGCCGCCUGAAAGACUGGCUCCUCAUUGAAGAUAACUUUGUUCUUGGGGCCCUUAAGGAUGACAUCAUAAUGGAUGAUCAUACACAGGACGUGUUAUCUGUGACAUGUUCAGUCACAAUAACCUCAAAAUGCACACAAACACUCAUUUUCAGGCGCACACACACCUUCCUACUCUUUCCCAAAAGACUGCUUUUUAUCUAGACAAGAUAGACACACACACACACACACACACACACACACCCACACACAUCCACUCACAGUCCCUGAAACCUCAGGGGGGAUAAGUUGUGUUUGCAGUUAAAAGGACUGCCUUCAACUUAGGGGUAGACAGAGGGUUGUGGAUAUGGUAGAAGCUUUAGUUUUGGUAAUCUGUGAAAGCAAGUGGAAUAUAUUUUCUAAAAGUCACUUGAGUAUUUGAAUCUGGAUCCUUUGGCUGAACCCACUGAAAGUAAGUCUGAUAAAAUUUUAUAUUUCUGCAUUGAUAUUUAAGUAAUUUUCAUCAGUAAGUUGACUUAUUGGUAGUGUGUGACUUUUGUUUACACAGGGUUUUAAUGGUGUACAAUCCUGAUUAAUUCAUUCUGUCUGCAUGGUUCAGACUGCAUUGACUGGACAAUGUGCCGGGUUCUGAACAUCUUAUUGGCUCUUCUGAGUCGCUUCCUGUUCGCGGUGCAUGGCGUCCUGACGGUGUGGCGUGUGGUGGAAGUGACAGGCGAGCCCUCCUAUUGGCUGCUGCUGACGGGUGUGGCAUUGCUCGGGGUCGAGAUGGCAGUCACAAUCAAAUACACACGUAAUGCAGAAUGGAAAUGGUUCUCACCUAUGGUGUUUCUCUAUCUGAGCACUGUGAUUCCAUCAGUCUGGUUCCUGGAACUGAACCUCCUACAGACCAAUUUGCCCAUCAACUCGACCACAAACUCUGACCCGCAAUUCUUCUCCCAGAUCCCGCUAACAAUGGGGUUGGCGGAACUUGAUCCUGAGAACUGGGUGGAGGCUCUGGAGCAGACCAUGUUGAUCGUUUUGGUUCUGGGCCGCUGGCUGAUGCCGAAGGGCGACAUGUCACGUGACCAGCUAUCCCAACUCCUCAUGGUUUACGUGGGGCUUGGAGCUGAUAUCCUGGACAUCUUUGACACUUUUAAGGAGCCACAAGUGAAAACCAAGCAGGCCGUGAUCAUCGUUGGGCUAAGUUUGUUCUCCUGGGCCUUGAUGCAGUUUCCUCUUGUUCUUACCCAGACCAGCCGUCCCAAGGUCCAGGAGGAAGAUCAGCCAGAGGCCGCCCAGCAUGGGCGAGCUGGCUGGACUGUUUCCUGCUGCUCUAGUGAAGUCUGGAGCCUUCUCCUAACAGUGGGUAUGCAGGAUGGACCUUUCCUAAUUUACCGUCUGUACCUCAUGAUACGUGAGAAUGUUCUCAACCAGCUGAUGAUCUUCUUCACAUGCAAGAACAUCCUCAUUGUUUUGCUGGAGGCCUACAGGAUUUGUGUUGUACACUUUGAGCAGAGCAAUCCGGGGGGCGGAAGUCAGUCAUGUGACCCAUCUCACGGACACUCAGAAUGGACUGAUGGAGAGGCUAUAGAACCCAGAUGUCAGGAAUAGAUUAGAUUCACAUAUACUGAAAAGACUGAGCUGAGUUUUGUCAUACAUAAUUCUAUCUAUCUAUCUAUCUAUCUAUCUAUCUAUCUAUCUAUCUAUCUAUCUAUCUAUCUAUCUAUCUAUCUAUCUAUCUAUAUAUGUGUGUAGACAGUAUUCAAACAAAAAAGUGCAUUGUAAGAUUAAUAGUUUUGGAAGGUUAAACUUCCUUAACAUUCAUCCUUAUCAUAAACAUCUUGAUUCUUUUUGAGAUUGUAUUAUUUAAGAAUCUUUCAGCCAGCAUGGACAGCACUUACAGCACAAUUGGUAGUGUUUGCUGUACCACUUGACUCCAGCAGAUGGUAGUGUGAACAAACUCAUUGUAAAGGCAGAGCUAUGAUGAAAUUCGGAAAUUGCUCUGAUCAUGACGCCUCUUCAACUGUACCCUGACACACACCCUCUGCACACAGCAGCCUGUGACAUUUUGCAUCUAACAUCAGAUCAAUAGGUAACAAAUCAGUUCCUGAGUGCUUCCUGAUGUUUGUGAAUGGUCUGUCCACGGCUGUCUCAUUACUCAAAGUUCAAGCCUUCCCUCUUGCUCAGAACUCUUGGAUCUUUUUGACGGUGACAUGUUUGAUUGAAGUACUGUCAUGAAGACUAAAAUAGCAUGCUAAAAAAUCAGAGAGAUUGGGAUUCACAACUCCUGUCAAUCAUGGGAUUUAAAGCAGUAAACCCGACCCGAGCUUGUGGUUCAUUAGAACGGCAGCUAAUUAGGAUAUCAGUCAGAAUAAAAACACACAUAUCAUGUAUCGCCGUGAUUAUUGUUUGUUUUGACAGGCUCUCAGAGAAAGAGAGAGAAACCUGACAGACGUGAAGAGAGAAAGACAGAGGGAAACACCUCAAAGAGAGCUCUGUCAUUAGUGCUGUUCUGUCACAAAAUCUUUCAUUCCUGUGAUGGCUGACAGUGCUUGUGACAAAAGAACUAGACAAAAACAGGGCAACAGACUUUCUUUUCCCCUCUGUCUCUCUGUGUCUGUCUUUCUCUGUACUUGGCUCUACAUUAUAAUAAAUCAAAAACAAUUAAAGUCUCCUGACAACAACGUAACACAA